GAUUAAUGUAUAUAUGUGGAGUACCUGGUGACCAGUUGUGGGAACAACAGCAGCCGUCAGCAGCAGCCGUCAGCCCAGCAGCCGUCAGCCCAGCAGCCCUUAGUAACUGCUCUCACAGACAGUCUGCAUCUCUGAGAUAAAGUUCUGGUGUUAAGGAUGGCUGAAGAUACUCAAGCUACUGUCUUGUCUGGGAAAAAAGUGGCCCAAGAUGUCCACAAUAAACUGAAACAGGAUGUUGAGGAUCUCAAGAGAGAAUUUAAGAAUUUUGCUCCUGGCUUGGCAAUUGUGCAGGUUGGUGGCCGGGAAGAUAGCAAUGUCUACAUUCGGAUGAAAGUCAAGGCUGCUGAAGAAAUAGGAAUUAAAGCGCAGCACAUAAAAUUUCCCCGAGCUAUAACGCAGUCACAGCUUGUUCAAGAAGUGAAGAAGCUUAACAGUGAUCACACCAUCCAUGGAAUUAUUGUUCAAAUGCCAUUGGACUCUGAUACGAAUAUAGAUUCUGAUUUAGUGCUGGAUACAGUCUCCUCAGAUAAAGAUGUUGAUGGGCUGACUACAGCAAGUGCAGGACGUCUCUCACAUGGCAUGCUUAAAGGUGGCUUUUUGCCUUGUACUCCAAAUGGAUGCAUGGAACUCAUUCGUAGGUCUGGAGCCAAAAUACAAGGAGCAACUGCAGUUGUAUUGGGCCGCAGUAAAAUAGUUGGCACGCCUAUGGCAGAGCUGUUGAAGUGGCAUCAUGCCACCGUUACUACCUGCCACUCACGUACUGCUGACUUACCCGCUGUGACAAAGACUGCUGACAUCUUGGUGGUGGGAAUUGGAAGACCAGAAUUUGUGAAACAGUCUUGGAUAAAGCCUGGGGCUGUGGUGAUUGAUUGUGGAAUUAAUUCUAUACCAGAUGAAACAAAGAAGUCUGGAUCUCGACUGGUUGGAGAUGUGGCUUAUGAAGAAGCUUCAAAGGCAACUUCAGUGAUCACUCCAGUGCCUGGAGGUGUGGGGCCCAUGACUGUAGCUAUGCUGAUGCAAAACACUGUGAUAUCAGCUCAGAAUGCAGCUACCCAGAUGCGGGCAUCAAAAUGGAAUAUCAGUUAUUUACCACUGGACGUUCUUGACAAAGUCCCAAGUGACAUUGAGGUAGCUCGUGCUCAGACGCCGAAGGAUGUUGCAGAACUUGCCGAGGAAAUAGGCUUACUAAAUUCAGAAGUAGAUCUCUAUGGCAAAAAGAAAGCCAAAGUGUCCCUGGCAGUUUUACAGCGCCUUUCUUAUCAGAAAGAUGGAAAAUAUGUUGUUGUGGCUGGAAUGACCCCAACUCCACUGGGGGAAGGAAAGAGUACAACCACUAUUGGUUUGGUUCAAGCACUUGGGGCCCACUUGAAGAACAAUGUAUUUGCCUGUGUCAGACAACCAUCACAAGGACCUACAUUUGGCAUUAAAGGUGGUGCAGCAGGAGGAGGAUAUUCACAGGUCAUUCCAAUGGAUGAGUUUAAUCUUCAUCUUACUGGGGACAUCCAUGCCAUCACAGCUGCAAACAACCUCUUGGCUGCACAAAUUGAUGCUAGAAUGUUCCAUGAAUCUACCCAAAGUGACCAAGCCUUAUACAGCAGAUUGGUUCCAGAAGUUAAGGGUAUUCGUCAGUUCUCAAAGAUACAGAUCAACCGCUUAAAGAAACUGGGCAUUUUAGAAACCGAUCCUAACAAACUAACUGAUGAAGAGAUUAGCAAGUUUGUUCGUUUAAACAUUGAUCCAUCAACCAUCUCUUGGCAGAGAGUUAUGGACACGAAUGAUAGAUUUCUACGGAAGAUAACCAUUGGCCAGAGCCCUACAGAGAAGGGCCAUACCAGAGAAUGCCAGUUUGACAUAACAGUAGCAAGUGAAAUUAUGGCCAUAUUGGCUCUAACGACUUCCCUGGAAGACAUGAGGGAAAGGUUGGGGAACAUGGUUGUUGCCUCGGACACAUCUGGCAAUCCUGUUACCGCUGAGGACCUGGGUGCAAGUGGUGCACUGACAGUGCUCAUGAAGGAUGCUAUUCGGCCUAACCUCAUGCAGACCUUGGAGGGCACACCAGUAUUUGUACAUGCUGGACCAUUUGCCAACAUUGCUCAUGGAAAUUCCUCAAUUCUGGCCGAUAAAAUUGCUUUAAAGUUGGUUGGUGAGAAUGGCUUUGUGGUGACAGAAGCUGGAUUUGGUGCUGACAUAGGAAUGGAAAAGUUCUUCAAUAUUAAGUGCCGGUAUUCUGGUUUGGUACCAAAUGUAGUGGUCCUGGUAGCAACAGUUCGUGCUCUCAAGAUGCAUGGUGGAGGCCCUGCUGUCACACCAGGAGUUCCUCUUCCAGCUGAGUACACUAGUGAGAACUUAGGUCUCGUUGAAGGAGGCUUUAGUAAUUUGAAGAAGCAAAUAGAGAAUGGCGGAAUAUUUGGUAUUCCAGUUGUGGUGGCUAUAAACUCAUUUCUGACUGACACAGAAGCAGAAUUAAAUCUUGUAAAGAAGCUGUCUGUUGAUGCUGGUGCUGUUGAUGCAGUCAUUUGCAACCACUGGGCCAAGGGAGGAGCUGGAGCUGUCCAGCUGGCUGAAGCUGUUGUUGCGGCUUCAGACAAGCCUUCUGAUUUCAAGUUCUUGUAUCGCCUGACUUUACCCAUCGAGGAGAAGAUUCGUAUUAUUGCCCAAAAGAUAUAUGGUGCUGAUGAUAUAGAGAUCAAGCCUGAGGCACAAGAGCAGAUUAAUCGUUUCAGAAAACAGGGUUUCAAUGACCUUCCCAUAUGUAUGGCAAAGACUCACUUGUCAUUAACAUCUGACCCAAGUAAGAAAGGUGCACCUACAGGCUUCACCAUUCCAGUUAGGGAUGUACGAGCAUCAGUUGGUGCUGGGUUCCUCUACCCUCUUGUUGGAACGGAGUCUGGGCAAGUCCCACGUCCACCCUCGCUGGUUCGUGGCUUGCACUGGCUGCGACGCCUUGUGCCAAAGUGAGGUCCAAGAAGUGAGAUGACUACAAUGCCAGGAUUGCCUACACGGCCCUGCAUCUACGAUAUUGACCUCGACUUGGAAAAAGAAGAAGUACAAGGGCUAUUUUGAUUGAUUCUAUAAAAUGUUCUUUUCAUUGGUGUAUGCACUCACUGAUCGACAGGUUAGCUGCUGCCGCUGCUUUUAUUACUUGACAGGAUGUUGUGAUAGAAUGUUGCUCAUCUUAAUUAUAUGAGAGCUAUAUUUUUUGUGAUAGACAUAUGCUUUUCUAUUUAAAGUAUGUGGGGGUUAUAUUGAAAUAAUAAUCUUUCACCUGAAAGUUGUCAUUUACUUGUUCAGAAAGUUGGUGCCAUCAUUUAAACUUAAGACAUUUUAUUUGUUAAAAACUGGGAAACAUAACUUCUUAAAUAUUUUUAUAAAAUUAAAUAAACAAAUGGUAUGGACUA